UACAGAACAGAGACACCCGGCCGCAUCUCUCUGCUUCUUUGCACGGCUAAAAUCGGAAUGGGAGUCUCCAGAAGCAACGAGCUCGGUAUUGUAUUAUUUAUGUGUUUAAUUUCUGUGACGCGUCACAUGAAGACGGGCUGUAUUCAAGUGAACCCCUGUAAGUAUAUCGUGAAUGACGGCUCGGGUGUGAUUGACCUGGCGGCGCUGGGCGACUCGGAUGGUUUUCUGGUGCGGUAUGGAAGGGUUCCCUCCGCCGACGUGUCUGCGGGUUCCGAGAUUCUGGUGUCCUUCAGCCCGUGUCACCCCUUCAGCGAGCCCGUCGCGGAGAUUGCUGCUACAGAGUGCCUGGACGUGGCGGUGUGUCUGAUAGUCAGACAUCACGCUGGCACAGGGCAGGCCAGCCGCUACCUAGACUUCGGAAGACACGAGGGAGGCGAGUUUAAUUACAGCAACCAAACGCGAACCCUCUCUGUGACCUACCCCGCCUUGUACAGGAGCUCCACAGAGACCGUGGUUCACUACCGGUGCAGCGACAACCGCUCCGUCUCUUACUCCCAGGUCCUGUCCAGCCCCGACCGGUUCGCGAUCUUCGUGCAGAGCCCCUGCGCCUGCCCCAACCGCUGCUACCUGGAGGACGUGGGGCCCGGAACCAUCAUAUUAAUCAUCCUGUGUCUCGCUGCCGCUGCUUACUUCAUACUGGGAUCCUGUGCGCUCCGACCCAUCAGAACUCCCAAUGGACUCCAGCUCGUCCCUGAAAAGAACGUGUGGUGCGUUCUGUGCUACGCCUUCGCGGAGAAGCAGGGGCGCAAGCGGCGGAAGAGCUACUGCUUGAAGGGGAUCACUUUCUGAAGCAGCGCUGAGCUUGCACGCUGGCCCAGGCGGCCUAAUGCGUUCAUAGCCAAUAUUUUUACUCUUGUACACACGCUGCGCAUUAACGUGCAAAACAGAUUUCUAUGCAAGCAAUCUUAAUGGGAAUGUUCGAAAUAGAAACAGUAAUUAAUUAUGUUGUCUAAUGCCUAAUGAAUAAACAGCUUCUCUCUCAGUCUUUAUUUAAAAGGUAGAACAGAGAUCUCACUAAAAGUGUUUCAGCUUUAGAUGAUCACAAAAGCAAUACCUUUGAUACCAUAAUGGAUGCAAUGUCUAUCGUCAAGACUUUAUUAACACUGCAGGAUUAAGGAUGGCUCAGUGUGCUGGUGCAUUGGAAUUAAUGAUGAAAUAAAUAAAUAAAUAAAAUAAUAAAAAGACCAAACGUUUUAAUUGAGGUACCAAAAAGAUAUCUUUAUUUUCCCCAAAAUAUUACAUGUAUACCGUUGCUAUUGUACUGUUACAAUCUAGAAUAGGCAACACUGAAAUAUGUAAAUACAAAUAUACUUUUCAAAUCAGGUACAGUACAGUGCUCCAUCUACAAGGGAAUUUGAUUUGAGCAACAAGAUAAACCUGCUUUUUUU